GCGCAUGCGCACUGGCCCCGCUGUGCGCUCCACUGUUUUGCAUUGUGUCUCGGAAGAGCCGGCGAGUCGUCCCCCUAGUAAAACCGUCUCAACCCACCGCGGCAAUGUCGGGCAGGUCGGUCCGAGCGGAGACCCGGAGCAGGGCCAAAGAUGACAUCAAGCGGGUGAUGGCCGCUAUCGAGAAAGUACGAAAAUGGGAGAAGAAAUGGGUGACAGUCGGGGACACGUCCCUUCGUAUCUACAAGUGGGUUCCAGUGACGGAGCCCAAAUCGGAGGACAAAAACAAGAACAAGAAGAAGGGCAAGGAUGAGAAAUACGGCUCUGAGUUGACCACUCCAGAGAACAGUUCGUCCCCCGGGAUGAUGGACAUGCACGAUGACAACAGCAACCAGAGCUCCAUCGCCGACUCGUCGCCCGUCAAACAGGAAACCAGCUGUAGCACCAGUCCGGCACCGGAGUCCACUACGGCGUCUCAUCGCGAAAACGAGGCCAAGACUGAGCAGAGUUCUGACGCCAAGAGAGGGAAGAACACGUCGUCGUCGGAAGUUCCCGAUCGAGCGCAAAGCGUGAAGCGAGAAGGAGAGAAAGACGCCUCGGACAGCAAAGUCAGUCAGGACGUGGAUGAAGAGGCCCCGCCCACCAAGAAGAGCAAAGUGGAGUGUCCGGACUUUGAGGAGAGUUAAAGUUGGGGCUUCUGGACUCACUCACGCCCCCUUCUGUCCAAAAGGGGACGGUACUCCUCCACUAAAGAUGGAUCCUCCAUUGUCAGCCUCGCCAAACGUGCUUCCUUCCACGUCUGACCAGAAGGGCGGCGCCCGGGUAUCCGCUUUUGAGGGAGGGGGCGUCCAUGCUCCCCUUAGACCGAUAUUCUUUCUUUUUUACGUGUUUAGGAAGUUUUUCUCAGGAGGGUCGAUGCACUGUUACCAUGUUUGUCACCAUGGAUCACACUUUAGACGGAAGCUUCUUCUCGGACGAAGAAGGUGCCUGCCUUGCUGGCUUUUUUGCUGCCAUCCUUUAGCUUUGGUGUUUGCCUUAAAGCUGUCAGUCCUCGUAGCUUUAGCACGGCUGUCCUUUAGCUAAGCAUCGAGCCUGGAAGCAAGUGGCGCCUUUCACACAGAACAAGUCCACCCGAGAAAGUGUCUCCUUUCACACAGAACAAGUCCACCUAAAAAAGUAGCUCCUUUCACAUAGUAUAAGUCCACCUUACAAAGUAGGUCCUUUCACACAGAAGAAGUCUACCAAAAAAGUAGCUCGUUUCACACAGAAUCAAUCCACCAAAAAAAGUAGCUCCGUUCACACAGAAUAAGUCCACCUGAGAAAGUAGCUCCUUUCACACAGAAUAAGUCCACCUGAGAAAGUAGCUUUUCACAAAGAAGUCCACUCGAGAAAGUAGCUCCUUUCAAACAGAAUAAGUCCACCUGAGAAAGUAGCUCCUUUCACAUAGAAUAAGUCUACCCAAGAAAGUGGCUCCUAUCACACAGAAUAAGUCCACCUGAGAGAAAAGGUCCUUUCACACAGAAUAAGUCCACCUUACAAAGUAGGUCCUUUCACACAGAAGAAGUCCACCCCAAAAAAGUAGCUCCUUUUACACAGAAGUCCACCAAAAAAACUAACUCCUUUCACACAGAAGUCCACCUGAGAAAGUAGCUCCUUUCACACAGAAUAAGUCCACCUGAGAAAGUAGCUCCUUUCACACAGAAGAAGUCCACCUGAGAAAGUAGCUCCUUUCACACAGAAGAAGUCCACCCGAGAAAGUAGCUCCUUUCACACAGAAUAAGUCUAACUGAGAAAGUAACUCCUUUCACACAGAAGAAGUCCACCCGAGAAAGUAGCUCCUUUUAAAUAGAAUAAAUCCAUCUGAGAAAGUGGCUCCUUUCACACAGAGUAAGUAGCUCCUUUCACACAGAAGAAAUCCACCCGAGAAAGUAGCUCCUUUCAAACAGAAUAAGUCCAUCUGAUAAAGUAGCUCAUUUCAAACAGAAUAAAUCCACCCGAGAAAGUAGCUCCUUUCACACAGAAGAAGUCCACCCAAGAAAGUAGCUCGUUUUAAAUAGAAAAAGUCCACCUGAGAAAGUAGCUCCUUUCACACAGAACAAGUCCACCCGAGAAAGUAACUCUUUUCAAACAGAAUAAGUCCAUCCGAGACAGUAGCUUCUUUCACACUGAAGUCCACCCGAGAAAGUAGCUCUUUUCACACAGAAUCAGUCCACCCGAGAAAGUAGAUCCUUUCACACAGAUGUCCACCCAAGAAAGUAGCUCCUUUUAAAUAGAAUAUGUCCACCUGAGAAAAUAUCUCCUUUCACUCAGGAAAAGUCCACCUGAGAAAGUAGCUCCUUUCAAACAGAAUAAGUCUAUCCGAGACAGUAGCUCCUUUCACACAAAAGUCCACCCGAGAAAGUAGCUCCUUUUAAAUAGAAUAAGUCCAUCUGAGAAAGUUGCUGCUUUCACACAGAGUAAGUCUACCCGAGAAAGUAGCUCCUUUUACAGAGAACAAGCCAAACCGGAGAGAGUAGCUCCUUUUACACACCAAGUUUACCCGUUGCUUAGUGUGUCCCUGUUUUGUAUGAACAACACUAAUGCAAGAAGGGGGGGGGGGUAAGAAUUCAACCCGGCUAUAUUCCACCCGAGGUUUUAACGGAAACAAAAAGCUGCCUGAGUGAAAGGGAAUAGCAAAAAGCCAGGACAGGGGCGGCAAGAAACACUCGACAUUUUAUUCACCACGAACCGUUGUGUUGAAAUGGAUGGUCGCCGUUCUCCGAGACGUCGGCCACCGAGUAUUUCUACGUCCUGUAUGAAAGGUACCCUCGGUUAAAAGCGGCUUCCAGGCUGGAUGCUAGUGGACGCCAGGAGGAUGUGUGCGUACUGGCGGUCAGGCAAAAGUGUGGCUCUGCGACACGGCGGCCAGCAAGAUGGAUUAGCAAAUACCUCAUUCACGUUAGCAUUAGCAUUGUUACACUCUCACUCUUCAACUUUGUAGCUCACGAGCUAAUGAGCCCACUUUCUAAUUCAUGUCUUCAUUAAGCCCAGCCCACUUUCUUAUUCAUGCCUUCAUUAAGCCCAGCCCACUUUCUUAUUCAUGUCUUCAUUAAGCCCGGCCCACUUUCUUAUUCAUGUCUUCAUUAAGCCCGGCCCACUUUCUAAUUCAUGUCUUCAUUGAGCCCAGCCCACUUUCUUAUUCAUGUCUUCAUUGAGCCCAGCCCACUUUCUUAUUCAUGUCUUCAUUGAGCCCAGCCCACUUUCUUAUUCACGUCUUCAUUGAGCCCAGCCCACUUUCUUAUUCACGUCUUCAUUGAGCCCAGCCCACUUUCUUAUUCAUGUCUUCAUUAAGCCCAGCCCACUUUCUUAUUCAUGUCUUCAUUAAGCCCAGCCCACUUUCUAAUUCAUGUCUUCAUUGAGCCCAGCCCACUUUCUAAUUCAUGUCUUCAUUGAGCCCAGCCCACUUUCCAAUUCAUGUGUUCACUGAGCCCAGCCCAGUUUCUAAUUCAUGUCUUCAUUGAGCCCAGUCCACUUUCUUAUUCAUGUCUUCAUUAAGCCCAACCCACUUUCCUAGUCAUGUUUAAGGCCAACCCGCUUUCCAAUUCAUGUGUCUAUCAAGCCCAACCUACUUAUAUUCAUGUGAUCACUGAGCCCAACCCACUUUCUUAUUCAUGUGUUCAUUGAGCCCAACCCAGUUUCUCAUUCAUGUGUUCAUUAUGCCUAACUCACUUUCUAAUUCAUGUGUUCAUUAAGCCUAGCCCACUUUGUAGUUCAUGUGUUUAUUAAAUCCAACCCACUUUCUAGUUCAUUUGUCCUUUAAGCCCAGCCCACUUUCUUAUUCGUGUUCAUUUAGCCCAUCCCACUUUAUAGUUCAUGUGUUCAUUAAGCCCAGCCCACUCUCUAAUUCAUGUGUUCAUUUAGCCCAGCCCUCUUUAUAAUUCAUGUUCAUUAAGCCUAGCCCACUUUCUAAUUCAUGUGUUCAUUAAGCCCAGCCCACUUUCUUAUUCACGUGUACAUUGAACCCAGCCCACUUUCUAGUUCAUGUGUUCAUUAAACCCAACCUGCUUUCUAGUUCAUGUGUUCAUUAAGCCCAGCCCACUCUCUAAUUCAUGUGUUCAUUUAGCCCAGCCCUCUUUAUAAUUCAUGUUCAUUAAGCCUAGCCCACUUUCUAAUUCAUGUGUUCAUUAAGCCCAGCCCACUUUCUUAUUCACGUGUACAUUGAACCCAGCCCACUUUCUAGUUCAUGUGUUCAUUAAACCCAACCUGCUUUCUAGUUCAUGUGUUCAUUAAGCCCAGCCCACUUUCUAAUUUAUGUACAUUUAACCCAGCCCACUUUCUUAUUGGGUUCAUCAAACCCAAUCCACUUUCUCAAUUCAUGUGUCCAUUCAGCCCAACCUUUUAUACAUGUGUUCAUUGAGCCCAACCCACUUUCUAAUUGAUGUGUUCAUUACACCCAACCCACUUUCUCAAUUCGUGUGUUCAUUAAGCCCAACCUACUUUUAUCCAUGUGAUCACUGAGCCCAACGCACGUUCUUAUUCAUGUGUUCAUUGAGCCCAACCCAGUUUCUAGUCAAUGUGUUCAUUAAGCCUAACUCACUUUCUAAUUUUGUGUGUUCAUUAAGCCCAGCCCACUUUCUUAUUCAUGUGUUCAUUUAGACCCAUCCCUCUUUCUAAUUCAUGUGUUCACAGGGUGAAAUAGUUCCUUUCCCCCCGGGGACCAUUUGUGUUGACUUUGUACAGAUUUGACUUAUUUAUUCCAUCUGUAGUUUGCUUUUUAUCGUCUCAUUCUCUUGUUUUCUUAAUAAAAGUCACUAAAGGUGAA